CGCAUCACCGCCCACCGCUGGCGAGCAUGAGCAGCCAUCCGCUCCAGCUGUCCUUUCAGACUGGGAAAAAGCAGGUUGCGGGAAAAGUUUGCGAGUACGUGAAAAUCUAGUUUAGUAGUUCGAGUGGCGAAGGCCAAAUACCGGAGCGCACAGAGCUCGGAUCCUACUCGUUGGAUUAAAAUUAUGGAUGCUUUGAAGUCGGCUGGGAGAGCCAUUAUUCGGAGCCCUAGUAUUGCUAAGCAAUCUUGGAGUUAUGGCAAACACAAAAAGCUGCCAGAGAAUUGGACGGACACACGGGAGACUCUGCUGGAGGGGAUGGUGUUCCAGCUGAAGUACCUGGGCGUUACGCUGGUCGAGCAGCCCAAGGGCGAGGAGCUGUCCGCCGCCGCCGUCAAGAGGAUUGUUGCCACGGCAAAAGCGAGUGGAAAGAAGCUGCAGAAAGUGACGUUAGUAGUCUCCCCACGAGGAAUCAUCCUGUACGACAGUGCCUCAAACCAGCUCAUAGAGAAUGUCUCCAUAUACAGGAUAUCCUACUGCACAGCAGACAAGAUGCACGAUAAGGUGUUCGCCUACAUCGCCCAGAGUCAGAGCAACCAGGCCCUCGAGUGUCACGCAUACCUAUGCACCAAGAGGAAAGUGGCGCAGGCAGUAACGCUCACGGUGGCUCAGGCCUUCAAAGUGGCGUUUGAGUUCUGGCAGUCUGCCAAAGAAGACAAAGAGAAGAGGGUGAAGUCGGGCUCGGAUGGAGAAGGAGCCGGCAGCUCCCAGUCGGAGAGCUCCGCCAGCCUGAGCAGCGUCAGCAGAGGAGAGGUGGCCACGGGGACCCUGCUGGACCUGGGGGACGGUGCCAUUGCGGCCAUGGUGCACUCGGGGCCUGAGGGAGCGCACAUGCGCAACGCGCACACCUCGGAGAACAACAACACAGUAUGGGAGCUGGAGGAUGGACUGGACGAAGCUUUUUCAAGACUCGCUGAGUCUCGCACUAACCCCCAGGUCUUGGACAUUGGGGUGAGCCCUCAGGACCUCCAGGCAGAGGAGUGCCUGUCGCCUAGCAACACGGAGCAGGCGGAUGGAGAGGACUCGUUUGGCUUCUAAUGUCUUGGACAAAAGGGAGAUGACUGAGGGGAAAGUACAGAGGACAGGCUUGCUGCUGGACCAGAGAAGACAUGCCUUGCUCCACCUAGAAGCUCUGGCUGGAAUCAUCUCGUCCCGUAUGGUGCGACAUGAACUUCUGGUCACCUCUAGAACUCGAACCAAAGCAAAGCAAUAUAACUGAUGUUUAUUUACUUUUUUAUUUUUACUUUCCUUUUUCUUUGAUCUUUCUUCACUAAUUACAUUUGGUUUUGAAAAUGUUGCCCCAGUCCUUUGUUACAAAGUUACUUUCUGAGUUUGUUUUAUUUGAAUCCAAUGGUUUAUGUUUGUAUGUCCUGAUGUAUUUGUGUAAACAAUUUAUAAGACAUGGCUUAAAGGACAAAUCCGGUGAGUUUUCACAUAGAUUUCCGUUUCUCAAGGUCACCGAGUACUGUUGAUUUUACCUAGCUCGAGUUGCAAUAGCCAGCAGUUAACACAACCAAACAGCUGCAGCGCUGCACUCUGGGGCAUGUACAUGGGAGCUCACAGACUGUGAACUCCCAGAGUGAAGUGCCCCUAGAUGCCUGGCUGUAGCAACUAGAGCUAAGUAAAACCAAUCGUUUUCAUUUUGUUUAAUACAGACAGUACUCGGUGACCUCAAGAAACGGAGAUCUAAGUGAAAACUCGCCGGAUUUCUCCUGUAAAUGUAUUAUAAUUUAUCAGUUGCAGAGUGAUUGGUUGAGGUGGUUUUGAGAGAUUAAAGUAGUUGCUGCAACUCUGAAAAUGCAGGUCCAAGUCUAGACAUCCUUCAAGAUGUGGAGACUGACUCCUUGUGUGCGUGCGUGCGUGUGUGUGUGUGUGUGUGUGUGCGCGCGUGCGCUUGUCUGUUGGGCUGAGGGUUUGCAUUCACAGCAUUUUGCAUUUGUCAACUCUAUGGUGGCCUCAUAGUAGCAGUCACAAAUGCCAAAAGUAAAAUAAGUAAUUUUGAUCUAAGCUUAAGAAAAACUAACUGACUCAUUAGACCUAUGGUCAGUGCCAGGUAUGGCUUGCUGCAUCAUCAGAUGAGGGUCAGUAAACAUAAUAUGGCUAUAGUUUUUGCUAUAGAAGAUAACCUUAUUUUUUCUACAAUUAAUAUUUUUGCACUCUCUUUACCCCUCAGUCCUUUUAUAGAGUGAAUUGAAUUCAUUGUAGUUUCCCUCAGUCUCAUCCUUCUCACACGUUUCACUAAUCAGAAAUUACGAAUUUCUCACCUUGCUUUCACUAUUACUCAUCAAUUUACUGAUGACAACAGCAUAUUUUGUUUAUCAUCGUUACCAAGCAAGCGGGAUGUUGGGCAGAAGUGUAUCUUCAGGAGAUGAACAGAUUCAUUAAUGUGGAAUGUUUCAUGUCUGAAAUGGUUUAAUGUCGGGUCCUUGACUUGUAGAGGGAGUAUUGGUUGUGCUACCUGACCUCUCUCGUUUGUACAGUUAUCACAAUCCAACCACAUGAAGUGAAUCAGCUCUCUUCCUCCUUCAUUUCUUGUCAUUGUUUAUUGCAAAGUUGAGGAAAGAAGUUUACAUUCAAACACAAGAUGUCAGUGUUAGUCUUUAGACAUUUUUGUUACAUUUUUUUUGGUAGUCAUUAAAAUAUAUUACAUUUCUGACCAUCACAUGCUAUGCCCUCUGAAUUUAAUAAACUGUGAUAUCAAAUCUAA